CACAAUACGCUCGCAUGUAGGUCUUUCUGUGCUAAAUAUUGUCAACAGACGCAGAUGUAUGGAUUGUAUUAUUCUCAGUUUAGUAAUCAGACAUCCAGUAUGGAAGUGGAGAGAGAUUUCCUCAACACUCCUCCACCUAAAACUGUUCGGUUUGGAGACAGUGUUGUUAACACUUUGGAAAAACUCAAACAGGGAGACAGGAGUGAUUAUGAGAUGAUAAAGCAUCAGCUCUCAGAUCCUGACAUCAAGGAUGCUCAGAUUAUCAGCUGGCUGCAGGAGUUCAGGUCGUGUGUCACUCAGCUCGGGAAAGAACACGAGCAGCUUAUCUACGUCCUUCUGAGGUUGCCGUGGUUGGGUCGGAGUCCUGCCGUGGUGGACGAAUACCUGACGUUCCUCAGCAAUCUGAUCUCGGCUCAGACCGUUUAUCUGAGACCGUGUCUGAAAAUCCUCGUCUCCAACUUCACACCCAGAAGAAUAAAGAUCCGGGAAGGAAACGUGGACAUUUCAGAUUCAGACGACGAUGAUGACAAUCUUCCCCAGAUCUUUGAUCAGUGUCACCAGGCCCUGCAGAUGAUCGCCAAAUACGUUCCAUCUACGAGUCGAUUCUUGAUGCCGAUACUCAGCGACAACUUCCCCUUCGUGCAGAAGUCAUCCAGAACCUUGGAAUGUUACGUCCAUAACCUGCUGAGAAUAGCGGUGUACAUCCCAACCCUGAGACGAGACGUUCUGGAGCUCAUCAUCAGCAAGAUGCUGACUCUGGAUGUGAGCGCCCCCCGCAGUGAGAUCGAGGAAGCGGAGUGUAUGAGGGAGCAGAACCACGGCGCUGCAGCGCAGGACGACUGUCUGUUCGACAUGGAUGAGGAGGGUCCCGGCGCCGAUGAUGCGGUGAUGUCUCAUGCCGUCGCUGACCGGCUGGACACCCUCAUGCUCGUUCUCCUGGCGUUCAUUAAGGACAUGAGCCACACCGACGGUGAGCUGGACGUGGAGAAAACCAAAACUUUGUACCGAGAUCUGCUGAGUGUGUUCGAUAAGCUGGUUCUGCCCACCCACGCCUCCUGUCACGUUCAGUUCUGCAUCUUCUACCUGUGCAGCUUCCGCCUGGCUUUAUCUGAAGCAUUUCUGGACCACUUGUGGAAGAUCAUACAGAACCCGUCUCAGCCCGCCGUCCUCCGCCAGGCCGCCGCCGGGUACAUGGGCAGCUUCCUCGCCAGGGCCAGGUUCAUCCCUAUAGCGACCGUGAGGGCGUGUCUGGAUCUGCUGGUCCCUUGGCUCCACCUCUACAUAGACAGCCAGGACUCGGGUUCGAAAGCUUUCUGUGACGUGUCUCUCCACGGGCCGUUCUACGCCUCCUGCCAGGCCGUCUUCUACACCCUGGUCUUCAGACACAGAGCCAUCCUGGAUGGGAACACGAAGAAGGGUCUGGCGUACCUGCAGGGGUUAAAUUUGGAGAGAAUCGUGAUGUGCCAGCUGAACCCACUGAAAGUGUGUCUGCCAGCCGUGACCAACAUGUUCGCCACCAUCACCAGGAAGUAUCAGCUGGUGUUCUGCUACACCAUCAUCGAGCGCAACAACCGUCACAUGUUACCUGUGGUGAGGAGCUCGGCGGGAGGAGACUCUCUCUCCACCAACACCAACCCUCUCGAUACCUUCUUCCCCUUCGACCCCUACCUGCUCAAGAGGUCGGGUCAGCUGUUCGAGUCCCUCUAUCAGGUGUGGGAGGAACCGUCCGACUGCAUGGCACCUAUCGUCAAAGAAAAUCCAAAGCAGGGUGCGGAGGACGAGGACGACUUCCUGCAUGGUUCUACGCCGCAGGGUGACGUGUUGAUGAUGGGAUCGUACGAGGCGCACAGCCGCAGCCCCAGCAGUUUGGGUUCGCCUCCCAUCGCUUCACCUCCGACAAACUUUCUGAUGCACUCGAGACACUGAGGGCUUCAACGUCCCCGAGACUUUACCAAACAAAUCAUGUGCAAUUCUUCCACAGCAUACACAAACCUACCGUCAGGGGGUCGCGAGACGCUGCCACAACUACUGUUUUACUUAACCUGGAGGCUAGAUUAUACAGGAACGUUAUACAGGAGAGGAGUGUCGGGAAUGUUUAUUCCCAGAGAGAGUGAGCUGUAAUACUGUAAUAUUAUACUUUAGUUUAGAUGGUGGGUAGCACUGUUGCCUCAGAGCAAGAAGGUCCUGGGUUCAAUUCCCAGGUGGAGCAGUCUGGGUCUUCUCUGUAUGGAGUUUGCAUGUUCUCCCUGUGUCUGUGUGGGUUUCCUCCGGGAGCUCCGGUUUCUUCCCACAGUACAAAAACAUGCAGUCAGGCUUAGAAGGCUUGUUUCCCAGUCCAUGAAUGGAAAUAAGGUGUCUGUUAAUCCAUAUAUGGUAAGAAGGUGGCUAAUAAUCCAUAUAUGGUAAGAACGUGGCUAAUAAUCCAUAUAUGGUAAGGAGGUGUGUCUUUAAUCCAUAUAUGGAAAUGCGGCGUGUUUUUGAGCCAUUAUAUUGAAAUGGGGCAUGUUUUCGAGCCCAUAUAUGAAAAUAAGUCAUUUUAAGCCUGCAUAUAAAAUUGAGACAUACUUGCAAGCAAGAAGUAUUAAUAAAAAUUUGCAACAGUUAGUAACUGGAGCUCGGGCGGAGCGGUGGUAAAACACACUAGCCCACCGGUGCUGAUAUCUCAAAGUCUCGAGUUUGAAUCUCAGCUCUGCUAUCGACCAGGCGGGGGCCUAUACAGACACACAGUUGGCUGUGUCUCUAUAAGGUCUGAACAGGGAUUCCUCACAACUGCUGCAAUUACUCCCUCUGCUGGCUGAGCGAUGGUGCUGCACAGAGACUCUUCAUGCGCUAUACGGAUCUUCGCGGGGCCAGUGAUAGCUCAGUGGGUAAGGUACUGGACUAGUAAACAGAAGGUUGCUGGUUCAAGCCCCGCCACCACCAAGUUGCCACUGUUGGGUCCCUGAGAAAGGCCCUUAACCCUCAAUUGCUCAUAGUGUUCCACUCAUUCUGUAAGUCGCUUUGGAUAAAUGCUGAAAAUGUAAAUGAAAAUGUAAAUGUAUGAACCCGACUGGUGCAGGUGAAAGGAAGUGGUUUAUGUAGAAGCAUCACAGCGUGCCUGGAAACAUUUUCAUUUAUUAUUGUUAUAUAAGCUUUACAGUUAUACAUUUUAAUAUAGUGUUGGAAUAUUUUUAUAUUAGUUUUUUAAUAUUUUUGUUUAUGUUUAUAAAUAGAAUAAGUACAAAGUUAAAAGGCAUGUGUAUAUAACCACCGCCCUCUCGUCUACAGACACACCCACUUGGUAUUUUGAUAAGUAAAAUAAUCCCAAAGAUUUUAUAGAACUUCGUAAACAAAAAUAUUGGUGUUGGUUUCUUGUUGCAUGUUACUCAUUCAGUCAUGGUUGUAAAAUAUGUUAUUUAUUCUGUAUGCAAAUAAAACAAAUUGUAAUAAACAAG